AAGGAGUUUUUUGAGGGGAAGUUCGUCGGUUUGCCUCUUCCCGCCUUUCGUCUGUCCAGAACUUCCCGUUCAGGCUCAGCUCCUCCUCCAAGGCAAGGCAUCCGCCAUAGCCAUCCAGCAGUCAAGCUUCUGAACUCUACCUUUCCUUUCCAGUAGAAUACUAUAGAGACUGUAGCAAAGCAUACAAAGACGGAUGUGUGGAAGAGCCCGUUGUACUCUUCGAGCCGAUGACAUCCCCAGGGCCUGCCACCGCACCGGCGGCCGCGUCCGCACCCUCAACAUGGACCGUUUUCGUCCGCUGUUCAAUGCCUCCCCGGGCUCGGAUUUGCCGGUUGUUCGUCGAGACGAUGAAUCUGGUGACGGAGGGGUCGUCCUCCAAUGCAUGAAAUGGGGGCUGAUUCCUAGUUUUACUGAGAAAUUCGAGAAACCUAAUUACUUCAAGAUGUUCAAUGCUCGCUCAGAGUCCAUACGUGAAAAGGCUUCUUUUCGCCGCCUAGUUCCUAAAAGAAGGUGCCUUGUGGCAGUGGAAGGGUUCUAUGAGUGGAAAAAGGACGGAUCAAAAAAGCAGCCCUAUUAUAUCCAUUUUAAGGAUGGGCGGCCACUUGUUCUUGCUGCUUUAUAUGACUGUUGGGAAAACCCAGAAGGUGAAUUACUUUACACUUUUACCAUUCUUACAACUUCAGCAUCUCCAGCUUUGUUGUGGUUGCACGAUAGGAUGCCUGUAAUUUUGGGUGACAAAGAACGGAUGGAUAUGUGGUUGAAUGAUUCUUCAUCGUCCAAGUAUGAUACUGUCCUUAAACCAUAUGAGGCUCCUGAUUUGGUAUGGUACCCUGUAACUCCAUCCAUGGGCAAGCCUUCAUUUGAUGGGCCAGACUGCAUCAAGGAGAUACAGCUAAAGAAUGAUGGAAGCAACCUCAUCUCCAAAUUUUUCUAUGCAAAAGAAAUUAAAAAGGAACAUUCAGACUCACAAGAGAAAACUUCCUGUAACACAUAUGUGAAGCCUGAGGCAUCGCCAAGUCUAGAAGAACACAAAACAGAUGUAAAUCUUAGAGCUUCAUCCGAAGAAUCAAAGGAUUGUCUUGCAAAGUGUUCAUCUGAGACUGCACCAACAUGUCAAAUAAAACGGGACCGUGAAGACAUCUCAUCCGUGUCGAAAAGCGGCGUGGAUGACUACAGCAAGGUAGGCAGCAGUCCAAAGAAAAGGAAGAAAGGAAACCUGAAGGCUGGUAAUGACAACCAAUCAACCCUCUUUUCGUACUUUGGGAGGAAAUAGAUAGGCCUUACGACCCAAAACGAAAAAUAUUGUCCAGACAGGUAUUUGUUAGUCUGCCACUUCUCAUGUUUAUAUAUAUGUCGUUUAGUCUUUAUCUUGCUGUGUUAGAUGCUACUGAGGUACGUGGAAGGUCUUUUUUUUUUUUUGUUGAACAUUUUGAUUGUGUUAAAUGCAGUGUUUUCUUGUUGUAUGAAGGCAGGCUAAUGUAGCUUAUAAGGGAAAAUUUGAUUAUGGUCGAUCCUUCCGCUGUCCACUAAACUGAACUCUUUCUUAUAGGUUUGUAACAGUUUUCCUCUUGCAAAAAAGCAUUAUGUUAUGGUUCA